GUUGCCUUUCUGAGCCUUGGAUUCACUUUGGAAGUAGAGCAGUUUUUGCCUUGCUGGUAUCUACAAGCAGUUUUUUAUCUGCUAGUGUGGCUACAAAUAGGAAAAAAAAAAAAAGAGGAUAGAUAAGUACCUCCACAUCUGCCAGGAAAGGGGAGACUUCACUCUGAAGUAACUGAUAAGUGUGAAGCAUGAAGAUCAACUCUGCUAUUCAGGCUGCUAUUGACCUCACAGCAGGAGCUGCAGGUGGGACAGCAUGCGUGGUGACCGGCCAGCCCUUUGACACCGCAAAGGUGAAGAUGCAGACAUUCCCGGACAUGUACAAAGGCCUUGUGGACUGUUUUGUGAAAACUUAUAAGCAAGUGGGGUUUCGAGGCUUCUACCAGGGAACCACACCAGCACUUGUUGCCAACAUCGCGGAGAACUCCGUUCUGUUCAUGUGCUAUGGAUUUUGCCAACAGAUUGUGAGAAGAAUUCUUGGAGUAGACAGGAAAACAAAGCUCAGUGAUCUGCAGAAUGCUGCUGCAGGCUCCUUCGCCUCUGCCUUUGCCACCCUUGUCCUCUGUCCCACAGAGCUGGUGAAGUGCCGGCUGCAGGCCAUGCAUGAAAUGCAGUUGUCAGGAAAGAUAAUCCAGGGACACAAUACAGUUUGGUCAGUAGUGAAAGGUGUUAUUCAAAAGGAUGGUCCCCUUGGAUUUUACCGUGGCCUGUCGAGCACUUUGCUGCGGGAAGUCCCAGGCUAUUUCUUCUUCUUUGGAGGGUAUGAACUGAGCCGGACUUUCUUUGCCUCUGGGAGAUCAAAAGAUGAAUUAGGUCCUAUUCCUUUGCUACUAAGUGGAGGUUUUGGAGGCAGCUGUCUGUGGAUUGCUGUGUAUCCUGUGGACUGUGUCAAAUCUAGAAUUCAGGUUCUUUCAAUGGCUGGAAAACAGACAGGCUUUAUGGGAACGUUUGUAACUGUUGUGAGAACUGAAGGUGUACUUGCCUUGUAUUCUGGACUAAAGCCAACUAUGAUCCGUGCAUUCCUGGCCAAUGGGGCACUGUUCCUUGCCUAUGAGUACAGCCGGAAACUUAUGAUGAAACAAGUAGAUUCUUACUGACACCUUCUGACAGGUGGAGAAUGAAAAGCUGCUUAAGGAUGACUUAAGUAAAGGAUCAAAAACCUGUAGAUCACAUCAUGGUCUGAGCAGGGCCAAAUCAGUGACCUAAUUUUAGGAACUCAACUGCAGUUUAAGAUUUGUAAUCUUUUAAAUUCAGAUGAUUUUAUAGAGAUAUGUACAUGCUGGUUGAAUUGGCCCAGCAGAACUAUCUGCAUCUUGCAGAUUCUGCACUAGAUACAUUACAUGUCAUAAUGUAUUUUCCUGACCUGUAAUGGUGCUAAAAAAAAGACUUAUGUUGACCUCCUGUUGGGUUUACUGUAACAUGUAGCAGUGGGCUGUGACUUGUUCAAGCAAAAGCACUGCUUCCAAGGCUGUGCUGUGGUGGCGAAUUCUCCCAUUGUUGCUAGCAAGUGUCUGACUUGAAAGAACAGCAGUCAUAUCUAAUCUUGGUGAAUAUGGCUGACUUAUGCAGAUCCCUCAGCUUGACUCCUGCCCUUCUUCCCUGUGACUUUCCAAGGUCACAGCAGUUGGUGUCUGCCUGUGUACUCUGCCCAAGUAAAUGGGCUUACAGAAGUAGGAAGUGUUCACACCCUGCCUUGUACUUACCUGACUUAUAGUCAGAGAUCUGCCUGCAUUUGAGAUAAAGACAUGUAGUUACUGGGUUUAAGGAGUCCAUGCAGCAUUUCAUUAUUUUCUGAAUCUUUUCAAGUGCUGGAGUAUGCUGAGCACCUCUGAAUUGAGCACUUAAACUAAGGGAGACUGCUGGAAAUAGCAGCUGGCUUUGAGCACAGAAUUGUAACAGUGCAAGCUUGUGUUUGGGUCACCUUGACAUGCAUGAGUCCAUGUGCUUGAAAGAUGGGAUGCCAGAGAGGAACAGGAAGCCAGAACUGAGUUUUUAAAAGCAACUGAUGCUAUGGUCUCUGUGGUGUAGCAUGCAUUUCCUUGGGCUGGAGUCCUGCCAUUUGCUGUGUCUAUUCAGCAGAGUGGAAAAAGCUCAUAUGACUGGAUAGCUUUUAUCACCUUCAGGCCUGGGGGCAUGCCUGCUUGGUCACGCUACUUAAUGAAAUACAUAGUUAGCGUUACCCAAAAUGAUGUUAUACCUAUUUCUAGAUGCCACUUUAAUUUUUUUAAAGAGGAUGCUCUUUAUACAAGCAUGCUCUGCCUUGCAAGAAGCAGCUACUGCAAAGGCAGAGCAGGUCUCAGCAAUACAAUUCAGGAUUGAGGAGUUGUACAGAGGGAUGGCUUUAGGUUUUAAGUGUCAGUCCGUGCCUGUGGAGAACACAGAGCCAUUUGACCCACCACACUCAUCAGUGAUAUGCAGAGAGUAGCAGCUCGUCACAGCAACCAGAGUUUGUCAGUGACUGGCAACAGCCACAGCUUGGUUCUGCAUGUUACAGUUCUCCUUUCAGAUUCUAGAAAUGGGAAAAAGCUUUAGGUACAGAUGAAAGCAUCUCAGUACCUGCUGCCUCUUGCAGUGGAGCCAGGGUUCACAUAACACUGCACUGUUACAGCCUUCUUGAUGAAAGGCAUGUGCUGCAGUUCCACAAACUCUUCUUGCCUCUCCAGCCUUCCUGUGCAGCAGGAACUGUUCAUCUCCCUUUCAUACACCCAUGAGAAGAAGCAGUUUUAAAGCAGGGCAUGGCUGAAGAAUCUUCAGUGUCUACUGCACCAAUUUACCUUGCUUGACUGGUGCACAUGGGGAAUGAUACUGUGCAUCAUCAGUACUUUAUACCAAAUGUUCAAAUAAUUCAGGUAGGAAGAUGAGGCUUUAAGAGAGUUGCUAGACUGUCCCUUUCCCCAGUUGUACUAUUUCUCUUGGCUAGACAUUUGUAUGUGCUUCUGACAGUUACAAAAAGGCAAGGACUGACUCCACAGCAGUGGAAUACUUCAAUCUAUUUCUUAGAUUUGUCUUUGCUUUCAUUUUUUAAAGCUCAUGGUUGCAGUUUUUAAUACAAAAAUUGAAGCUUCAAAAGAAGCAGGAUAUUUAGAACUGAACCUACAAUAAGAAGCCCGUGGCUGAAAUAAACAUGCAGUUUGAGAGUUUCUCUUUUGAAGGUGAUGCAAGCAGUAAUUUUUAUGGUCACAGCUACUUCAGCUGUAACAUGUAUCAGUUGUUCUGCUAAAAACUUCAUGAUAUUGGUACAGGAUUUCAUGGGAAUAAAGUCUGAUUUGAUUAA